GUGACCGUGCGCCACGCCAUGCGCUAUGGCAGCACAUCCAUACCCGAACAACUCGACCAAUUGAAAGCCGAUGGCGUGAACCGCGUCUUGAUUUUGUCAGCUUAUCCACAGUAUUCAGCCACCACCACCGCCAGUGUGCUGGAUGCUGUUUACAACUGGGCUGGCAAAAUUCGCAAUGUGCCCGAACUGCGCUUUGCCAACCAUUAUCAUGAUGAUGCAGGUUACAUCAGUGCAUUAGAGCAAAGUGUGCACCAAUACUGGCAAGUGAAC